ACGGGAGCGACACCCCACACUUUCAUUUUGACGUUUUAAAAGAAGACGCAUGCAGGACAGAUGAUGAGGAUGACUCUUACUUCAAGGACUUCAUACUCAGAAUGGUAAAGAGAAAAUAGGACAUCCAAGAGAGCAGACACGUUUUGUCCCAAGUGGCAGCCAGAAUAUCUUGUUUUUUGAACAGUUAAGGGACCACGAUGAAACAUCAGGACUUAAUAAACGAAAAAAGCACCCUGUGGAUAUUUGGAUAUGGCUCCUUAGUGUGGAAACCGGGGUUUGCGUUUAAGAAAAGCAAAAUUGGUUAUAUCAAAGGAUUCAAAAGAAGGUUCUGGCAUGGAGACGAUUUUCAUCGAGGGGACAAGGAAAAGCCGGGCAGAGUUGUCACACUGGUACCAGAUCAUGAAGCUUGCACGUGGGGCGUUGCCUAUGAAGUGGCAGAAUCACAGAUUGAAGAGUCCCUUCAGUACCUAAACUGGAGAGAGGUUGUGUUGGGGGGUUACAUCAAGGAGGUGGUGGAGUUCAUCCCUAAAGAGAGGAGCCACAGCCCGCUGCUGGCCCUCGUCUACAUCGCUACCUCCGACAACCCCAUCUAUCUCGGCCCGGCCUCGGCCAAGGACAUCGCCACUCAGAUUUCCAUAUGCCGAGGCAACACGGGCCACAAUAUUGAGUAUCUGCUCCGGCUGGCGGAGUUCAUGAGGCGCCACUGUCCUGAGGCUGAGGACGAGCACCUUUUCUCCAUUGAGGCAGCUGUUAUGAACAUUGUCCAUGACUGUGCGGAGAUUAAGCCCUCAGACCAAAAAUCCCUGCUCCUGGGAGCUGUUCAAACGUUUGCACAUGGUACUCCUCAUUUAGUUUUGUAGUCUGAAAGGGAAGAAAGCUGAAGCAGAUUUUUCCAGGGUUUGGGCGCUUAAAGUGGCAAUGUUUUUCCUGCCAUUUUGACUUAUCUAUUUUUUUUUACUUAAACGUAUCUUAAAUCGAAACAGUUUAUAAUUACUUAACAACAAUGAAAAAAAAAAUAGUACGGUACUACACUUUCCUUUAAAAUGACAUGUCGCUUUCUUAAGUGUUUUCUGAUUGGUCGAAUGUAUGGAGCCUUUUAAGCAUACUGUAUUCUGAUUUGUCGAAUUUGUGCACAUUUUCCAAGCCCAACAAAGACAAUUACAACAUUAAGAGAUUAGUCACAUUUCCCAUGUCAAGUCCAAAAAAUCCAAUCAUGCAUGUUUGCACCAGGAGUCAUCAACUACAGGAACCACAGUGACGACACACCAACAUUUGGAAGAGCUAUAAAAGCAGUCCAGCUAAAACUGGAAAUGCUGGUUGCAUCCUCUCAACCACAUGCACCUUUCUUCCAAGACAAACAGAAAAUAUAACAGCUGAUCACUCCUUCAUUGACACACUGCCAAAACACAUGUGUUUAUAUAUAUCUCUGCACUAGACCAGCUUUAUCACCGUUUUCAACCAGCUGAGCUGGUGUUCUGACGAGAUUUAUUGAAAUGUCCUUACUCUGCCCCACGCACAGGCAUGUAUUUGAAUGCGUCACAAUACUUUGUAGAAGACAUUCCUUAUCAAAACUUGCGUUUUGGUGCAGGACUUUGUGGAAAUUCCUUAAAGGGGAUGCAACAAAAAGGCAAGAAUUGCUUUUAUGCUGAACGGUCCCUGAGCUGACAUAAGCUAAGGCCUUUGAGAUUUGAAAGUGAAAGAAAGUGCCUGCGCAAUAGAUGGGAAAUCGCAAUAGGAUAUCCUCCAGAUCACCGGUGACAUCAUGACACAUGUCCAGAAGCUGUCCUUCCCAUGAAGGUAGAAUCCUGCACUUGUCUUGCACUACAGUUUGCAAGACUUGGAUAGAGGAUGUUUAUUUUGCAGUGAAAUACAACCAGGCCUCAUACAUAUCUCUGUUCUUUUAGCGCUUAUAACAACAUCUAGGGUGAGAAUUUGUCAAUUAAACAAUUUAGAAAAUUCAAAAUGUGGAAAUGCGUUUAAUUUCCACUUAAACAAAUCAGAUCUGGUUGUACAUAAAAGUGAUAACUGUACUCAGAAAUCCUGUGAUAUUCUUAUUUUUUUUUUAUAAUUUCACUACGUAGUAAUGUGGUGCUUACAAAAACACUAUAAGAAACUGUAUUUUUUGUUUUUGUUUAAAACAGUUUUUUUUAUGUAUUUGAAUAA